AUGGAGUCAAGUUUAAGUAAAAUAAAUAAUAUGUCUGAUAAAGCAAUGGUUGAAUUAUAGAAGCAGCCAUUGAUAAUAUGGAAUUCUGGUUGUAUAAAUACAAUAAAAUAUGUAUUAAAUUGCUCUAACAGAUAUUAGAUAAAUUAAAAUCAUGUGUUGAGGAAGUAAGUUUCAAUUUGAUGAGUAAAGAUUUAAAUUCUGAGGCAUAAUUAUUGUAGAAAUUAUCAACAAAUUAUGCUAUUGUAUUUGAUAAAGUGCUUGAGAUAAAUUCAAGAAAAAUAGUCAAUGCUCCAGAAUUACCUAUUGAAUAUUGUUCAAGAUAACCAAAUUCAACAAGAACUGUUUUAGGUGGAACAGAAGUGUAGAAUUUCAGUAAUAAUUGAUAAAAAUAAUUUAGAGAUACAUUCUUAAAAAUAGUCAGAAUUUAUAGAAGCUGAACAAACAUUUAAGAUGAAUAAGUAAAAGAUUUUUAGAAAGAUGGAAAAUAAAAGUACAAGUACAAGUGAUGAUGCAAUGUUAAAGUUACUUUAAGGAAAUAUAUAAAAUGAAACUGAAAAAGAACUGUUAAGAAUGUAAGAGGAAAAUGAAGCAAAUUUAAUUGAUCUAAAAAAACAACUAAAAUUAAAAGGAUUGUGGUCAGAAAUUACUAGUAGUCAUGCUACUUAAAAACUAAAUGAUUUAAAUAGACAUAUGGAAAGAGAGUCAUUUAAAAAUGAUUUAUAUAUAACAGAUCAAAUUAAAUAAUCUAAUGAAAUUAAAGAUGAAGAUGAAUUUGAUAUAAAAAAAGAAGUUAAAGAUAAAAUAUUAUUAGUUUAAAAAAAAACUGCUGAAAGAAUAAUGAGAGCAGCAGAAAGAAAGAUUAGACUUGAAUAUGAUUAAUUUGUUAUUAAGAAAACAGCAAGUAUUUUAGUAAAAAAGAGUAAGACUUAAAAUUUUUAAAGAAUUGAAGAAUUAGAAAGAUUAAUAAAAGAUAGGAAUGAAGAAAUAGUAGAAAAGGAAGCUAAAAUUAAUUAAUUAUUUUUAAAAUUUGAAGAAUAAGAAAAGAAAUUUGCAAAUUUGUUAAAAUAAAUUGAUAAUUAUAAAGUAACUUAAAAAAUAGAAGUAUGUAAUACUAUAGUGUAAAAAAAUGGAAAGAAAUCGGAUGUAGAAGUAUAAGUUUCAAUGAUGGAUCCAAGAGUAGAAUUAUUUGAAUUAAGAUUAUAAGAAAUAAUGGAGGAAAAUGAUGAAAUGAAAGAAGAAUUAAAAUUAUUACAUGAGAAAGCUUUAGAAGAUAAGAUAUAAAGUUUAACUGGACCUAAAUAAAUAGAAGAAGUCUUAUUAUUAUUAUUAUAAAGUGAUUUAUCCCCUGAGAAUAAAAUAAUUUCAUUGAAUACACUGUUAUAAUAUAUAAAAGAUAAUUCAGCAGAAGAUAUUGCAAGAUUGGCACCAAAUGAAUUAUAUCGUAUAGUAAGAUCUAAAUUAAAAUUUAAUUGUGAAUCUCCUUUAGAAAAAUUAGAUGAAUUAUCUGCAGAUGAAGAUGAUAGUUAUGAAAAGAAAUCAAUAACAAAAAAGAGAGGCAGAAAUAAAAAGAAAAGAGUUAGUCAUAUUGAAAAACCAUUAGAUGCAUAAAUUUAAGAAUAAGUUGAUCUUGAUAAAAUUGCAACAUAAAGAAGAUUAGUUUAAUCAGAAACAGAAGAUGAAACUAAUAAAUAAUAGAAAAAAUAGUUAAUAUAAUUAAAUCAAGUUGAUGAUAUAACUAAAAAAACUAGUAUUCAUAAAUAAAUUGAAUAAGUUUAUAGUCCUAAAUCAACUAAUAGAUCUAAUAUUACAUUUAGAUAAAAGUAAGGUUAUUUAAAGAACAAUCGUAAUAAUAGUGCAAUAAAUAAUGAUAGUUCCAAAAAAGAUUAAAAUUCUUCAUCUGGUUAGUUUGGAGUCUAAAAUAGCAGACCAACACUUACUUAAUUAGAAUCAAAAAGUAAUAAAUAGUCUUUCUCUAAUUUUUCUUCUAAAGAAUUAACUAUGUAAAAAGGUGAGAAACAUAAAAAAAGUUCUAUUAUGGAUUAAAGUGAUAUUUAAUGUGAUUUCUAUAAGUAAAUAAAAACUAAAGAUAUUGGAAUAUAGGUUAUAUUAAAAUAGGAAUCGAUUAAUCCACCUUAACAAUAACAAAAUAUUAAUCAUUUACCUAUUUAGCAACCUUAAGUACCAUAAUAAAAAGAAAAAGUUGAAGAACAAAGUAAAAAACUUAACGAAUCUUAAAUUUAUAGAGCAACAGCAGAAUCUAUUUCAUAGAAAACUACUUAAACAGAUGAUUUUUUUUUAUGGAAUCUUUUUUAGAAAAUGGCUGGCGAUCUUGGUCUUUCAGAAGAUUAAUUGAAAAAAUUAGAAACAGUAUUUUUAAAUGAAUAAUAAUUUAUUCAUUUUUAUGAGAAAACACAAUCUUAAAAAUAAAUAUCUAGAAAUUCUACAAUUUAAGUUGAUACUUUAGGGGAUUAUAAAAGAGAUAGUUUAAAAAAUCUUGAUAGAAGUACAUGUUAAAGAAAUUCAAUUAAAAUUAGAACAAGUAGUUAAUAAAAUAUUUACACAAAUAAUGAGAUGUUAGAUAAUUAUACUAAUUAAAAAAAUGAGAUUGCGGAUGAUGAUUAAUAAAAAAAUUAACAUACAUAACCAACUUCAUGGCAUUCACCAGUUGUUAGUAGAUAACAAAGUUAAAUUAUAUUUUCAGGAACUUAAAAUCAAAAUAAUAAUUAUGGAUAAAUAAAUUAGCCUUGGAGUCCUAAUGGAAUAGGAAAUGGUUUGAGAUCUAAUAGUCCUAUGAAUCCAAAUUCAAGUUAAGGUAUUAGAAGUGUAAGUUAACUUAUAAAUACUGGGGAUAAUGUUCAUAUAUUAACAUAUGGAACAAUAUCUCCAUCUGGAUAAUUUAAUUAAAAUAAACAUAGAACUACAUCUUCAAGUUAGAAAAUUUUAGAUGAUAUGUUGAAAUCUAAAACUUAAAUUAUUAAAUCUCAAGAUUAAAUAUAAAGAGAAUAGAAAGAAUAAAAAUUAUUUUUUUCUGUUUUUGGUGAUGAACUUUAAAAUGAUGAAGAAUUUGAUUUAGAAAUUAUUAGGUAAAAUAUGGGAAAACCUUUAGAAGUAAUCUAAGAUCAUCUUAAAGAAGAAUCUAUUAAAAAAGUAUUUACUUAAUUGGCUUAAAAAGAAAAAAAUGAAUUAAAAGAUAAAAUUUUCUUAAUUAUUUCCAAUUAUUGUAAUAAGAGUGUUCAAACAAUCACAUAUUUUGAUUUUAAAAAAUAUUAUGAAAAUUAUAUGAGGGUAUGAAAUAAUUAUUUAUUGUAGGUUCAUAAAAGAUGCGGUGAUGAAUGUAUUCAUAUUAAAAGAUUUUUAGCAAGAAUUGGAUUUGGAUUUGUAAGUAAACGAAAAAUCUUAAAUUUAUCAAAAUAAAGUGUAUCUCCAUUUGAAUAGUUGCCUAAACUUAAAUGA